AGCAGGGUUUCAUUUCACUGGAGGAGGAAACUGAACUGUAACUGGCCAGUGUCUUCUUCCUCCCCUCAUUUGAACGUAGCGACAGUCUGUUGACAUGUAAAUGGGACGGAGAGGGAAGCGGCAGCAGCAGAGACCGUGUGUGGUUUUCACUUUGUAGUUUCCCCUCAAACAACAUGCUCAGUACGGGACGGUCGGACUAGCUAACAAGCGUCUUCGUCGGAGUGGACACUUUGUGCGACAGUUUGUUUUCGAGCUGAGAGGAUGAAGGGGACGAAUCCUGGGAGUUUGUGGAGUUUGUAGCAACAGAAGAAUCAGCACUGGCGGCCUAUCCAGCUCCUGUUUGACACCUCUGUCUGAAAGGAAGCUUACCAUGAGUUAGAGGGCAUCGGAGACCGUCGCCACAGCUGCCUUCCCCACCAUCUGCAGCACUGUGUCUGGAGACAGCAGCAUCACUCGCCCUGCUUCAUGAGCCAGCAGGAUGCGGCUGAGGUCCUCGCACUCUCCGAGCGCCUCCUCGUAGCUUCACACAAGGGCCAAGCCGACAAUGUGGUCCAGCUUAUCAACAAGGGUGCAAAAGUAGCAGUCACCAAGUAUGGCAGGAGCCCGCUUCACUUGGCCGCCUAUAAAGGCCACAUUGAGGUUGUGCGCAUCCUGCUCAAAGCUGGCUGCGACCUGGACAUCCAAGACGACGGGGAGCAGACGGCGUUACACCGGGCUGCCGUGGUGGGAAACAGUGAUGUUAUCAGCGCUCUCAUCCAGGAAGGGUGUGCACUGGACAGACAGGACAAGGAUGGCAACACUGCUCUCCAUGAAGUGUCUUGGCAUGGCUUCAGCCAGUCUGUCAAACUGCUGGUGAAAGCUGGAGCCAACGUUCACGCAAAGAACAAGGCGGGGAACACGGCUCUCCACCUCGCCUGUCAGAACGGUCACACUCAGAGCUCCAAGGUUCUGCUCCUGGGAGGCUCCAGGCCUGACAGCAAGAACCAUGGAGGGGACACGUGUCUGCAUGUGGCAGCCCGCUACAACCAUGUGGCCAUGAUCCGCAUCCUGCUGGGAGCCUUUUGCUCUGUUUCAGAGAAGAACCUGGCCGGGGACACACCACUCCACGUAGCAGCUGCUCUGAAUCAUAAGAAAACAGUACGUCUGCUGCUGGAGGCGGGUGGAGACAGCCGCAUCUGCAACAAUGCAGGUGAGACGGCUUUGGACCAGGCCAGAGAACAUAACAACCCAGAUGUGGCUCUUCUUCUAACCAAAGCUCCACAGGUGCAGAGCUUUGUGCGUGGCAGGAGUGUGAGGAAGAGGAGAGAUAAGCUGAAGGCAGAGGGCAGAGCUCAGUCGGUGCCCAGAGAUGAGAUGCUGCCCUGUAAGGACAAUGCAUCUGCUGCUGAUGACACCCAGAGCAGCGACCGAGCUGCCUGCAAACACACUGAGGUGACGGAGUCAAAUACCAGGAGGGGAAAGAACAGGAAGCAGAAAGAAAAGCCGUUUAUGUCUGAGCCCCUCCGCCGCAGAGAGACCAGGCACGGCGAAGCCUUUCACAAGAGGAAGGGUAAACUGCGAGGACUCUCCCCUCAUGCAGCCGUCCCUCCACACAACUUUAAAGCCUAUCAGCUUUACACGCUUUACCGAGGCAAGGAUGGCAAGAUCAUGCAGGCUCCUCUGAACGGCUGCCGCUGUGAACCGCUCAUCAGUAAACUGGAGAACCAGCUGGAAGCCACCAAGGAGGAGAUGAAGACUGAGAUCCACACCGUCCAAGACCUGAUGAACAGCAAGAUGGGUCAGCUGGACCGCAAGAACAAACACCAGAUCUUGGCUCUUGAUAAGAUAACGGUGGAGAGAGUGUCAGCAGAGAGGAGCGAGUGUCUGCAGAGGAUCGAGCAGCGGGCCCUGCAGGAGCGACUGGAGGCGGAGAAGAGACAGCAGGCGUCUCUGGUCAGUGAGUUGAAGAGCUGGUGUCUGUCCAAACUGCAGAACAUGGAGUUUCGAUUCACAGGAGACCCCAGCAGCACCAAGCUGCAGCGCUCCUCCUCUGUGGCCGAGGGCCUGAAUGAAGCCGACGGCGGCGCCGGGCUCACCGUGCUGCCCGCCGGACACGGGGACAGCUCCCUCUGUCCAGAGCUCCACCACAGUCCUACACUCCUGGACUCCAGCCGUGGGGAAGCCAGCGUGGCAGAGGGCGGUCCAGCCAAUCACUACUUUGUGGUUCAUGUGGAGAGUUCUCCAGAUUGCGAUAAGGCACAUAACGCAGAAGUUGCCUCUCCUGCAGCAGCCAAGAGGUCACUGUCAUCUGUCCAGGUGGUCCGGCCGAAGGAGCGUUCGGUGAUCUGUGCUGACCCCCAGAGGAAGAACAAGGACCUGCAGGACCUGGACAUAGUGGAGUGCGGCGCUAGUGGAGGCAGAGGCCACAGAGCCAGCAGCCUGUCUCCGGCCACAGAGCACCGCUGCAGCAGCAGUGGUGAAGCUGGGCUCAGAGACAAGGAGCGAGGCCGGGACAGAGGGAGGCGCCAUAAAAAACUUCCCCAAGGCAGGAGUAAAUCCAAAGGAGCCACAGGGCCCAGGAUUCUGGAGGUCUUUGGAGACCAGCCCAGUGACCCCACCUUUGCUCAAGAGCGGGACAACAUGCACGCCAUGGAGGUGACUCAGUACUUCUUUGAGGCCGUGUCGACGCAGAUGGAGCGCUGGUACGAGAGGAAGGUGCAGGAGGCUCGCUGGCAGGCCAACGAGAGGGCUCAGGCCGACAGAGCCGCCCUCAUCGAAAGGAUCGCCUACCUGGAGGACGAGCUGCGCCUGCUGAGGACUGACAAACACGACGACAGCUAACACAGAGCCCAUCUGUCACCACCACACUGUACACACCACACAAAACCAGUGUGGGAUUAGAUUUGAUGACAUGAUCUAGAUUUAUGACACAAAGAACCGAACUGUCACAGCCAUACUGAGUUGUUAAGUGCUGUGGGGCCUGGAUCCACUUUUCUUUUUCUUUUUUUUACAGAUGACUAAAAAUGUCCCACAUCCAAAAUCCUUUCCUGUUGGUUGUCAUGGUAGCGGCGGGCUGGUGUGUUGAGAUGUGUACAUACAGUACUAUAGAAAUAGGGGCAGCUCUACACUGUGCUGUAAAUAAACCAGUUAAUUUAAAGCUAGCUGUCAAAACAUUGAUCUAAUGUGCCAUUUAUAAGACUGGUGCAGUGCUCGUUUGAGGUCUGUGGAUUUUCUUCACAACUACUCAUCUGAAAACCUCACAGUCGACGCUGCACUUCCUUCACCCGCCAAGUUAAAAGUCAGUCGAAUGAGCGGUUGUGGGGAGAAAUUCAAACUUACAGACAGAUUCCUCUACUUAUAGUUAGAUACAUUACAUCUCAUCAACACUGAGCAUAUAUUUGUCUAACAACACACUAAAUCUACUGAUUUGAAUAACACAAUGAGACGUUUAUACAUUUUAUUUCUCCUGUUGCACAUCAGACAUAAAUGUGCACAUUAGUAUAACUGAAUCACAGUGAAUUCUGUCUGCAUGGAGGGAAUUACAGUACAAUAAGCUUUUUGUUGGUAUCUAGAAGCUGGAAUCAGCCUUGUGACUUUAAAGGAACAACCUACUGCUUAUUUAUGAGAAUGUAGCUGAACUGACACUGUAUAUAAAAACCCUAGUGAAGGUUUGUUUUAAAUGUAUUGAUAUUUGAUUGUGCUGCAUGGUGUGAUUUGUACGGAGGCUGGAGAAUGACAAUAGAAGACUUAAAGACUUUUACAGUGUUUAAAUACAAUUAAUUUAUUUUUAAUUAAUUUCUAAACUGAUACAAAGUUUGAAAAGUAAUAAAUGAACUGAUUAAUUCAUUGACAAUUUAAUUAAAAGUUUAAAUAUAUACACACAUACAUAUGUAUUGAUAUACAUCCAGACGGCUGGCAAAUUAAAGGACAAACCAGUGAUGCCUUGUGUCCUAUGGAUGUGGGUCAUUGACAUCCAGUUCAAGUUUUUAAUCUAAUUUGUCACCUGUCUGUUUUUGUGUGUGUGUAUAUAUAUACAUGCACACACAUUUAUUAUAUAAAUGUAUAUACA